AUUUAUCGGUGAAAUUGAAGCCAUAAAGUUUUGCCUCACCUUGACGCUAUCAGGUCAAGUGAGAGGCAUUUUCUUUGCUUCCUCCGAAGAGGAGCUGGUGUUAUUGUACUUUACGCCCCAUUUAUCGGUGAAAUUGAAGCCAAAAAGUUUUGCCUCACCUUGACGCUAUCAGGUCAAGUGAGAGGCAUUUUCUUUGCUUCCUCCGAAGAGGAGCUGAGCUUUCUCAAUCUUCUUCUUCAAUGGCUAAACAACAUGAAGAACAACUCCCACAAGUUCUGAUCCUCCGACCACCACCGGUUUUCACACAAUUUCAAGAUGAAUUCUCCAAAAAGUUCCAAAUUCUCAAAGCUUGGGAAUCUCCACUCUCCACCCAACUCUUCCUCACCACUCACGCCCAAUCCGUCAAGGCCAUUCUCUGCUCCGGCCAAAGUUCGGUCACCACCGACGUCCUCCGCCACCUCCCGGAGCUCCGGAUCGUCGUUACCGCUAGUGCAGGGGUCAACCACAUCGACCUGCCGGAGUGCCGGCGGCGGGGAAUCGCCGUCACCAACGCCGGAGCUGUCUUCUCCGAAGACGUGGCUGACAUCGCCGUCGGGCUGUUGAUCGACGUACUGAGAAGAAUCACCGCUGCUGACCGGUUCGUUCGCGGCGGACUUUGGCCUACUGUCAGCGACUAUCCUCUUGGUUCCAAGUUGGGAGGCAAACGAGUUGGGAUUGUAGGAUUGGGAAGCAUUGGCUCAGAAGUUGCAAAAAGGCUUGAGGCCUUUGGCUGCAUCAUCUCAUACAACUCGAGGAAGAAAAAACCCUCUCUCUCGUACCCCUACCACCCUAAUGUCUGUGACCUUGCAGCUAACAACAAUGUUCUUGUGAUUUGUUGUGAACUAAAUGAUCAAACUCGCCACAUGAUCAACAAAGAAGUCAUGUCAGCGUUGGGAAAAGAUGGAGUCAUUGUGAACAUUGGACGCGGGGCUAUCAUCGACGAGAAGGAACUGGUUCGAUGUUUGGUGCAAGGAGAGAUUGGUGGUGCUGGCUUGGAUGUGUUUGAGAAUGAACCCAAUGUUCCUAAAGAGCUCUUUGCACUGGACAAUGUUGUGAUGUUACCACAUAGAGCUGCCUUCACAGAGGAAGCUUUCUACGACGCAUUCCAGCUUGUGAUGGGCAAUUUAGAAGCUUUCUUCUCUAACAGACCUUUACUUUCUCCGGUCAUCGAUGAAUGAAUGAACUGAGUCAAGCUAUCGUGAGUUAGCUUCCUCAUCAUGUUCCAAGUGUGUUUUAGCUAGCAUAUAUUUGUUCUUGUGGAAGUCAAUUACUGGCAGAAAGUAUGUGCUUUUUUAUUACAAUCUCACCAGACAACAUUGUUUUGUGGAUUUAGCUACAUUUCUUCUUCACUAUUGAAUGGGAAAAAUAGUAGUUCAAAAACAGA